AUGGAGCCACUUAUUGGAGAAAUUACCAGCAUUGACCGACGAACUUGCACUCGCGUUGUACCUAUGCGAGUCAUCUGUGCCGGCCUGCCCAGAACCGGCACAACAUCAUUAAGGGCCGCCUUAAAACGCUUAGGGUUUGACGAUACCUAUCAUAUGGUCUCAGCAGCUUUUGAAAAUGUCAAGGACUGCGAGAUGUGGGCAGACGCACUCCGUGCAAAAUAUGAUGGCGUUGGUGAAUUCACAAAGGAGAAUUGGGACCAACUUCUUGGGCACUGUCAGGCUGUGACAGACUACCCAUCAGCAACAUUUAUUCCAGAGCUAGUUGCGACAUAUCCAGACGCAAAAGUUAUCUUGAAUACUAGAGACGUCAAUGCGUGGUUCAAAUCGGUAUCCGACACAGUAUAUUUGAUGGUAUACAGUGCAAAAGUAAAAAAUGCCAGCGAAGGUGAAUUACAAAGUCCGAAUAUGAUUCGCGACCAGAUGAUAGACAGGCUCUGGCAAGUCAAUUUCUCGGACGACUUCAAAUCCCGGGGCAAAGAAGUUUUUCUUGGGCAUUAUGAUAUGGUGCGGCGACUGGUACCAAAAGACAGCCUUUUAGAGUACUCAGUCAAGGAUGGAUGGGAGCCGCUGUGUAAGUUCUUGGGGGUUCCAGUACCUGAUGUGCCGUUCCCACACUUGAAUGACACGGCGGCGUUUCUAGAGCUGGCAAAGCUUGUCCGGUACGGAUCCAAAGACUAG